AUGAAGGGUUCCCUUGAAGAUUUAGAUGAAGAAGAUUGGCGACGGCUAGCUGAGCUCAACCAAAUUCGCACACUUGAGGUGCUGGGAGAAGGUAACGGAGGUUCUGUCAAAAAGUGUGAGCUUGUCACGACUCAGCAGGUAUUUGCCCUGAAGACCAUCACUGUUGAUCCAUCACCUAGUUUUCAAAAACAAAUAGUGCGAGAACUGAACUACAACAAAAAGUUCCAGAGCGAUUAUAUUGUUAAGUAUUACGGAACAUUCAUUAACUCUGCGGAUGCGUCGAUUUGUAUCUGCAUGGAAUAUAUGGGAGGACGGUCCUUGGACGCAAUAUACAAACAGUUCAAGAAAAAAGAUAUGAGGAUCGGAGAGAAAGCAUUAGGAAAGAUGGCAGAGAGUGUGCUUCGAGGGCUCUCCUACCUGAACCAGCAGAAAGUGAUGCACAGAGACAUCAAGCCUCAAAACAUAUUACUAGACUCCAAGGGGAACGUUAAACUUUGUGAUUUUGGAGUUUCCGGAGAAGUGGUCAACUCGCUCGCUACCACCUUCACCGGAACCUCUUUCUACAUGGCGCCAGAACGUAUUAGAAAUGAGCCUUAUACAAUAACCUGUGACGUGUGGUCACUUGGGCUGACUUUGCUCGAGGGAGCAAUGGGUAUGUUUCCCUUUGCAACAAAGGAUCCAAAUUUGCAAAUAUCUCCAAUUGAGCUUCUUUUGAUAAUAUUGGAGUUCGAACCAGAACUCAAUGACGAACCCGAAGAAAACAUCACCUGGUCAGCCAGCUUCAAAGACUUUAUUAAGGUCUGCUUGACCAAGGAAAAUCGCAAACGACCUAGUCCACGACAAAUGCUGGAACACCCAUGGAUGCGCGGCCAAAUGACUAAGAAAGUUCGCAUGGACAAACUAGUCCAGUUCUGCUGGGAAGAUUAG